AUGUACAUUAGAGCCAGUACAUUUCUCCUGCUGAGCUACCUGAGUUAUGAGAACAGCAUCAAGCAUCCAAAGCAGUCCAUUCAAACCAGCUUGGUUGUGAUAUGGGCAUUGCGGUUGGGUUUGUAUCUCUUUACACGAAUAUUGAAGUCUGGGAAGGACAGAAGAUUCAACCAGAUUCGAGGAAACCCUGCUGCAUUUCAUCUCCUUCAGUAUGCCCCUCAUACUUGAGCCAGUACAUUUCUCCUGCUGAGCUACCUGAGUUAUGAGAACAGCAUCAAGCAUCCAAAACAGUCCAUUCAAACCAGCUUGGUUGUGAUAUGGGCAUUGCGGUUGGGUUUGUAUCUCUUUACACGAAUAUUGAAGUCUGGGAAGGACAGAAGAUUCAACCAGAUUCGAGGAAACCCUGCUGCAUUUCUUGCUGUAUGGAUGGCACAAGGUGUCUGGGUAGCUGUGGCUCUGAUUCCUACUCUGCUUGUAAACCAGAAGAGCCAGAGGGAUCUUCAACCAGACAUUUUAUGGAUUGAAUACCUUGGUUGGACCCAAUGGGUUGUGGGCUUUGCUGUGGAGGUUGUUGCUGAUUAUCAAAAAGCAGUCUUCCGCAAUGAUGAAAAGAACCAAGGAAAGUUCAUCAGAACGGGGCUGUGGAGUGUAUCCCGCCAUCCAAAUUACUUUGGUGAAAUUUUGCUUUGGUUUGGGCUCUAUAUGGCAGCUUUCCCCAGCCUCAGGGAUCUGGAACACUGGAGCAUUCUGUCCCCUGUCCUGAACAUGUUCAUCAUUGUGGGCUUCAGUGGACUUCCACCACUUGAGACCUAUGCUGCCAAAAAGUGGGGAAAGGACCCUGAAUAUCAGAAGUACAAAGCAAAGACUCCCAUUCUUGUUCCUAAACUAUGGUAGAGUAUCUGUUGCAUUUCACAUUGAGGCUAGAAGUGAUUCCAAACUUCAUUCCCAUUCUAUAUAAGCCAUUGUUGGAGAGAUUUGUUGAUUUUUAUCAGUGCAGUUAUUUCACAUGAAUGAGUCCCCAAUAUUUUGUUAUACAUUUCAUAAUUUCAUAUAUUAAAAUUAU